AUGUCAGGUGUCAGCGCCAAAGAGGCUCAGGCCUACCUCAUCGACCCUCUCAAUGCUCCCGAGCCAUCACAAGAGACUGGCCCGGGUACGCACUUUUACCCUCCUGGGGUCACGGCCACCAAGACUGCAUCUCCUACGGCAUCGCCCUCUUCUCCAGCGUCGUCCAAGAACCCUUUCCGCGACUCUAUGGGCGGAAAGGGUGGUGUUCAGACACAUGUCCGCCAUUCCAGCAGAAGCUCGACCGGCAGCAACUCCAAAUUUCCAGACUAUCAGGAGGGCCCUUCUUCUCCCCACCGUCGCAACUUCAGCGGUGACCAUCUGAUGGGCGAGCCAUCUGGCAGCCGUCCUCGUAGAACCAGCUCGCUUAGUCAACGCUAUGCUGGAGACAUGUCCAAUCAGCCUCUGAACAUGCUUAGAAAGGACAGCAAGAAGGCAUAUCGCGCUCCCCACCUCAACAAGCGUCACAUUCCCGGCGCUGACACGAUCGACCGCCUCGACCCAACCCCCAACAAGCUUCCCUACCAUCACGAGGGCCCCUAUGAUGCUGCUCUGCUAGCCCGUAACACCAGCUACAAGUCCAGCCCUAUCGCCGCCUUGGAGGACUCUAACAGAGAAGCACUGAAGGCCACCCCUGCUGAGAAGAUCAAGGAUGCUCUCGAGAAACACAAGCCUCUUGAUGGCGUUGCUGUCGUUCCUCCCGGUCAACGUGACCAGCUUGGUCGUGUCUACAACUACGAAGAGGGAACUGACAUGAUGCGUGAGGGUAACCCUGAGGGUGGUGCUUACAAGCAAUGGCCUGGAGAAGUCAGUUCUCCAUAUAACAUCGAAUCCUCAUCAUUCACUGACCUUUUCACANNGGAAUAUAGCAAAGACGAUCUCAAGGGCAAGGGCGAACCUGCAUUCUCUCUCGACCGCGCUCUCAAGGCUCACACCAUCCACGAGCGUGACUUUGAUGGCGAGCGUGGAAUCGAGUUGUCAGACCGUCCGCUUAUGAGCGACUACGACAAGAUGAAGGACAGAAAGAAGCUCGACAACCGCGAUCCUGUUGAGAUUGCCGGCGGUGAAUCUCGCUACGCCGACCUCACGAUGGCGGCCGACACUGAUGCCCACAUGAACCGAACGAGCAGCUUGCGCAAAGCAGGCGAAGGUCUCAAGAAGAGGCUGAGCUUGAGAAGAAGAAGUAAGCAUGAGGAUUAA